GGUCCAUGCUUUUAUACUUACAGCAGCAUCAAAAUCUAUUUGCUUCUUUGGCAUUUUAUCAUGGAGAAAAUUAUGGAUGGUAAAAGAGAUUCUGAUAAAAAGAGAUAGCCUCUAGACAUUUAUAUUUCAUGAGCCUGUCAAAAGAGGGGUGAAAAACUGUAUUCAUGUUCCUUUUUAUUUUGUUAUGUUGCUAUCUUGACUGUGAAUUCAAUUUCAGAAUUACUGACAGAGGGAUAGAAAGUAGCAAACAUGCUGUUAAAUUGACCUGUGUAAAGGCAUAGAUUAAAUUGUCUUUGUUGAUCAAGUUCAUCACAAUCUAAACAAAAGGGCAAAUUAGACCUGCCACUUAUGUUAUAAGGCCAUAUUUCUCACUAUUGUCUCUAGGAUGCCCAUUAUACUUCAUAUGAAAACAGUAAUUUCAAUAUCUGGGAAUUCAAAUUUUGAAAUUGUAUGAAUUGGCUUUAGUGUGCUUCACUCAAUAUUAUUGGUAAGGCUAAUCGACAGAGAAAAGGAUGCUCGACUUGAUGCUGCUGUGAAUCUUUUACUUGUAUUUCCUUGCUUUUUCCUACUGCAAAGAGAGGUAUAUUGCUGGCUUUAGGGUGCUUCACUCAAUAUAAUAGGUAAGGCUAACCAACAGAGAAAAGGAUGCUCAACUUGAUACUGUUGUGAAUCUUUUACUUGUAUUUCCCUGCUUUUUUGUACUGCAAAGAGAGGCAUAUGGGUGUCACCAAGUGGGCCCUCUGGGCACCUGUGACCUUGACUUUUUAGAGAAUCCCGCUCCUACGUCAUAGGACUUGUAGCUCAGCAAUCCACCAGUUCAUGCCUAAGAGAGGUUUAACCCCCAAGAAAAAUGAGAUUAUAUUCACUUCCCCAACUGGAGAGGAAAUCAAUAGUAGAAGGCAGUUGGAACAAUACCUGAAAUCACACCCUGGUGGCCCAGCAAUACAAGAGUUUGAUUGGGGCACUGGUGAGACCCCAAGGAGAUCAGCAAGGAUUAGUGAGAAAGCAAAGGCAACUCCACCAAGAGAACUUGAGCCUGCCAAGAAGCGAAGCAGAAAAUCAUCAGCUUCAAAGAAGGAUAACAAGGAAACAGAAACCAUUCCUGAUGAAACUGAGACAAAAGAAGUUCACAUGCAAGAAGCUAAAAAAACUGAGGAUAAUGCGGAGGCAGAAAUUCAGAAAGAUGUUGUGAAUGAAAAUCUCAUUGAGACUAAAGAUAAAGCAGAAGAUGUCAAUACUAAAACAGAAGAAGCUCCUCCUGAAGGAACUCAAGUUGAGCAAGAUGUUAAAAUACCUGAUGAUGCUGAAGAAGGCAAAAAGAAUGCAGAAAAAGAGUCUGGUGAGAAGGGUGGUGAUUCUGAAGUAGCUCAAAAUGAAAAAGAAAGCACAGAGGGUACAGAAGUUCAAGAAAAUGUGGAUGAAGCACUAGUAAAGGCUGAUAAAGAUGAUGGACCUGGUGAGCACGACAAACCGGAUGCAGUCAUAGCUGAUGAGAAGAAACCUGAGGUGGAAGGACUGGAAAAAGAGAAAGAAAAUAGAAGUGCACUUGAAUCUGAAGGAGAGAUUAAGGAGAAAGAAUCAGCAAAUGGCAACAAUGUGGAACAACAUAGUUUGAAGGAUACUGAGAUAAGCAAGAAAGUGGAAGAAGGAAUCGAGAAUGGCAGCCAGGUCAAGCCUUGAGUUAUUUAUAUAUUAAUUUUACAUUGGCUCUCUUUCACCUCUAUAUGACCAUUUUAGAUUUAUGGGUACCCCUGGAUGACUGUAGUUUAUAUGUUUUUAGUGAUAGAAAUUUAAUUGUUGGUGAAGACAUCUGUCUGUAUAAUCUAUAGAUUAGGUCUUUAAUCUAGUAGCUUUUCUUGCAUUGGAGCAACUUGUAGCUUUCAGAGAUCUUUGUAACAUUAUAGUGUCUGAUGCUUGUUCGGAAGACAGUAUGGUAUAGCAUACUUGUACCUUGCAGAGAUCUUUGUAACAAUAUGUAUCCAGCUUCUGAUUAUAUGAAACCCCAGUUGCACCUGGAGGUUAGGAA